UAAUCCAGACGCGUUUCCUCUCUGUAUUGUUUUGACCACAGAUUGGGUCUCUCUCUCUCUCUCUCUACUCUCUAGAGGCAGAGAGGGAGACUAAGAAUUAAGAAAAAUCAGUCUUUGAUUCCCCAAAAAGUCAAACAAUUGCAAAAGCUAAAAACCUCCCACCUCGCAACAACAACUACAACGACAACAACAACAAGAAGAACCAUUAACCCUUCUCUCUCUUUCUCUCUGUCUGAAAUCUCAAGGCUUUGAUCCUAACUUACUCUCUUUCUGAGCUUCGUUGGGUCUUUCUUGUUCGAAUCUUUUAUUAUUUGGAGAAAAACAGAGUCUUGUCUAUGAUGAGUUCGAAUACAGCGGCGUCGAGUUCAGGAGGCGCUGGAUCGGCGGAUUCUUCAGCUCCCAGGAGAAUUUCCAAGCGACCCAAGUAUUCUAAGUUUACUCAGCAGGAACUUCCAGCAUGCAAACCAAUUCUCACACCAAGAUGGGUAAUUUCGGCAUUCCUGCUUGUUAGCAUUAUCUUCAUUCCAAUUGGAGUUGCUUCCUUGUUUGCUUCCCGAGAUGUUGUUGAACUUGUUGAUGAGUAUGAAACAGUUUGCAUACCACCGGCCAAUAGAACUGAUAAGGUCAAAUACAUACAGACCUCUACAGAUAACACAUGCAACCGAAGUAUAACAGUAACAAAGAAAAUGAAGCAGCCAAUAUAUGUGUACUAUCAGCUUGACAAUUUCUACCAGAAUCAUCGCAGGUAUGUGAAGAGCCGAAAUGAUGCACAGUUGAAAAAUGGGAAUUCUGAUGAUAUAAGCUCGUGUAAGCCAGAAGAUAAUUUGUCAAAUGGGUCAGCAAUUGUUCCUAUUGUUCCUUGUGGUCUCAUAGCUUGGAGUUUGUUCAAUGAUACUUAUAAAUUCUCCCGCAACAACCUGCCAUUGACUGUAAACAAGAAGGAUAUCUCAUGGAAGAGUGAUAGGGAGCACAAGUUUGGCAAAGAUGUCUAUCCUAAGAACUUUCAGAAUGGAACUCUUAAAGGCGGCGCAUCACUUAAUGAGUCCAUACCAUUGAGCAAGCAGGAGGAUCUCAUUGUAUGGAUGCGAACUGCCGCUCUGCCAACUUUUAGAAAGUUGUAUGGGAGGAUAGAGGUGGAUCUUGAGGAAAAUGAGACAAUACAAGUGAUAUUGGAGAACAACUAUAAUACAUACAGUUUUAAUGGCAAAAAGAAGCUUGUACUUUCUACCACUAGUUGGCUUGGCGGAAGGAAUGACUUUCUUGGCAUUGCUUAUCUCACUGUUGGCGGAUUGAGCUUCUUUUUGGCUUUGAGUUUCACUGUAGUAUAUCUUGUUAAGCCAAGGAGACUUGGAGAUCCUUCAUACUUGUCAUGGAACAGAAAUCCAGGGGGGCGCUAAAGAAGGAAGUUUCUGGACCUCUGUUGAUAGCUUGUCUUGAGCAUUUCACAGUGGAUAAUUUUUAUAUGAUGUAAUUUUAUGUGUACUUCAUCCUUGUAGUGAUAUUGUUGAUAAAUGUUCUAAAUAGAAACGAUGCAACAGUGAACAAGCUGUAUCUCUCGUUAUGUUUGGUACUACAAAUGAUUUUUUAUUAUUUUAAUUUUGUUUUUAUUUGUACCUA